AUGCACGUACCUGAUUAUAGUGACGAUAAUAGGUGGCCGGGUGUCAGAAAGGGAAACAAUAUACCACAAGAAAUCAAACUUAUCAAAGAUAAAACCACCCCAACAAGGGCAAAGGCCCUUAUUUUGAAAAAGCGAAGACGAGUGGAUACUGAAAUGGAAAAAUCCAGUAAUAAAAUAAGAAAAGUUCAUGACACAAGACUAGGAACUAAGGACAAACUUAACAACGGUGACAAGAAAAAUCAAACUGGAAAUACAACAGUUACAGAGACCCCCAAAGCCAAAGUAACCACAUCCAACACGACCAGUAAUAGAACGGGAGACUGGCACAACAUGGUAGAAGAGGUAUAUCAACCAAAUGAAGAAAUUUCUCGCAAGAAUAACAAUAAAAGCCUGCCAAAAAUUCAAACAGAACAACCAGAAAAUUUCAUGGCACUACCCAUAGAAAGUUCUGGAAAGACACCGGAACCAGAGUCCGAUAUAAGCUCUUCACAUGAUCAGAGUGCAGAUGUUGGUUCAGAACAAGCUCAAGCUGCAAGUAUAGACAAAAGACCUGGUCUCCUGAAACAGGAAGCAGAUGGGUCAAAUGAAAUAAACCACUCAGAAGAAGAGAGUCAAGUUCCUAUACCACGCAAAUGGACAAGCCUAUUCACAACUUUAAGAAGAGGACGAGCAACUUUUUCAAAGCAUACUCCUAGGGGAAACAUCGCCUCUAGAAUGACAAUGCACUAA